AUGCGGUGCUCAACUUUCCUCGCCCUGGCUGCAUCAGUCUCCAGCGCGUCCGCUCAUUACUUUUUCCCCCACUUGAUCGCCAACGGCAACUUCACCCGAUACUACGAGUACGUCCGCGACAACAGCGCAAACUACAUGCCCUUCAAAAACGGCUAUGACAGCACCGACCUCCGAUGCCGGACCGGGUCGAUGGAGCACGCGGCCGCCACGGGCGUCUACAAGGUCAAGGCGGGCGACGAGGUGGGCUUCGGCCUCAACUUUGGCGGCUCGAUUCAGCAUCCGGGUCCCAUGCAGGCCUACCUCUCCAAAGCACCGGGCGACGUGCGCGAAUACGAAGGUGACGGCGACUGGUCCAAGAUCUUUGAGCUUGGGCCAAAGUCCUUUUCUAGCGAGGGUAUUGAAUGGGGCGUCACCAAUAUUGGAAACUUUACGUUCAAGUUGCCUGAGGAGACGCCAGCUGGGCAGUAUCUUUUGCGAAUUGAGCACAUUGGCGUCCAUGAAGCUGGUGACUUUGGUGGUGCCGAGUUCUACUUCAACUGCGCCCAGAUCGAAGUCGAGAGCAGUAGUACCGCGGUCCCUGGCCUCACUGUCAAGAUUCCCGGGUUGUACGAUGGUGACGAGCCCGGUAUCGAGUUCUACAUGUACCGUCCGUGGAUUGUCAACUUCACGAUGCCCGGACCGGCUAGAUGGCCCCAGCCCCUUGUGGAAAACGUCACCGCAGAAGGUGUAAGUGUGGCUCCGACAGCUACGCCUUGGACACUCCCGGCAGUCACUUCGACAGUCGGAGGGCAAGAUGUUGCAUCCUCGGCGGCUGUCGUCGUGCCCACGAGCCUUACCUCCGCAGUUGCGCCUUCUGCGAAUGCCACGUACUCGUACGCAUCUAUGACUGCAGCUGGCGCAAGCAAUUCUGGGAGUUGCUAA